CUGUUUAUUUUGCUGACGUGCUGAUGUUACUCGAGCAUGUAUGUGCCUGUGUUUGCAUUUUAGUUUCGCAAUACUGUGGAUGGUCUUUAACGUGCUUCUGCGUGGUUAAUGAGGUGAACUGUUGCACAACUCUUCGUUUCCUCUGCCACUGCCGUUUCUCAUUUCGGUGCAACUAAACCUUCACAAUUUGGAGACAGCCUAUCGAUUACAGUUUGACUUUUCCUUCCUGAAGUUUGAUUUAUUUCGGAAAGAUGGACGGCCGAACAAGAAUCCUGAUUAAAGGAGGAAAGGUUGUGAACGAAGAUCUCUCUUUUAUGAGUGACGUCUACAUUGAAAAUGGAAAAAUAGCAGACAUUGGACGCAAUCUUAAAGUCCCUGCUGGAGCUCAGAUUAUCGAUGCAACGAAUAUGCUUGUAAUGCCGGGCGGCAUCGACACCCACACACACAUGGAGCUUGCAUUCAUGGGCACCAAAGCAGUGGAUGACUUCUACAUCGGUACUAAGGCGGCCCUGGCCGGAGGCACCACUAUGAUCAUGGACUUCGUGAUCCCCCAGAAGGGCACGUCGCUGCUGGAGGCGUACGAUCGCUGGCGCAGCACGGCCGACCCAAAGGUCUGCUGCGACUACUCCCUGCACGUGGCCGUCACGUGGUGGGGCGAGCAGGUCAAAAGAGAGAUGGCCACGCUGGCCGCGGAGCAGGGCGUCAACUCCUUCAAGAUGUUCAUGGCCUACAAGGAUGUGUUCAUGCUGUCUGACCAGGAGCUGUACUCGGCCUUCUCCCAGUGCAAGGAGGUCGGCGCCAUCGCCCAGGUCCACGCCGAGAACGGAGACCUCAUCGCAGAGGGGGCCAAGAAGAUGCUGGCCCUGGGCAUCACGGGCCCCGAGGGCCACGAGAUGUGUCGCCCCGAGGCGGUGGAGGCGGAGGCCACCCAAAGGGCCGUCACCAUCGCCCACGCCGUCAACUGUCCGCUGUACGUGGUCCACGUGAUGAGCAAGUCAGCCGCCAAGGUGGUCUCCAACGCGCGCAGAGACGGGCGCGUGGUGUUUGGGGAGCCCAUCGCAGCCGGACUGGGAACAGAUGGUACCCACUGCUGGCACAAAGACUGGGCCCACGCGGCCAGGUUUGUCAUGGGCCCCCCCCUGAGACCGGACCCCAGCACCCCUGGAUACCUCAUGGACCUGCUGGCCAAUGAUGACCUGAGUGUGACGGGGACAGAUAACUGCACCUUCAGUGUGUGCCAGAAGGCUCUGGGCAAGGACGACUUCACCAAGAUCCCCAACGGAGUGAACGGAGUGGAGGACCGGAUGUCUGUCAUCUGGGAGAAGGGCGUGCACAGUGGAAAGAUGGACGAAAACCGAUACGUCGCCGUAACCAGCAGCAACGCGGCCAAAAUAUUCAACUUCUAUCCCCAAAAGGGCCGCAUCGCCACGGGUUCUGAUGCCGACGUGCUGGUCUGGGACCCCAAUUCCACAAGGACGAUCUCGGCCAGCACGCACCACCAGGCGGUGGACUACAACAUCUUCGAGGGCAUGGUGUGCCACGGCGUGCCGGUGGUCACCAUCUCCCGGGGGAAGGUGGUGUACGAGCGUGGGGAGCUGGCGGUGAAGGCCGGGGCGGGCCGCUUCAUCCCGCGGCCGCCGUUCUCCGAGUUUGUCUACAAGCGCGUGAGGCAGAGGGAGCAGGUGUGUCAGCCUACAGCUGUGGUCAGAGAGCCAUACCAGGGCAAAGUCAUAUCGUUGUGAGCCAGUGACCUACAUCGGACCAGCGCACUCAAGAGUCACGCCUCUUUUGUUGACGUCUGUUGCCAAUAUGACUCCAGUUUAUGACGCAGCUGUAUUUAAUUCACCCGAUGAAAGAACAGAUAGGGGAUGUUAGUUCCUCACUGCUUGAGCUAAUCCUUGCCAUGGUUACUGCACUUCUGGGAGGCAGGGCUUCUUUCCAGGGUAUCUAAACAAAUUAUAUUUUGUGGCUAAAGAUUACAAUUGUAUUUU